AUGGACAUGAGUAUGAGUCAGAUUGCCAAGAUGGUUCAACAUGAGCCUGCUUCAUCAUUCGAUUUGUUUGGGGUGUCUGCUAUCGAGAUUGUUGAGGAUAUCCAGACAGUUCUUGCUCCAGAGCUUAUAGAGGAUGUUACAGUUAGUGAUGAUGAGUUUGAGGACACUUUUGGAUUUAUUGAGGGAACGUCCAACUUUGUGAACCCACCUCUUUCAUUUGACAUUUUAUUGGGAUUCAUUUCCCACUCAGACAAUGUUUAUGAUUUCGUAUCUAUAGAUUUGAAGUUUGAUAUUCAGUAUGUUUCUCAGAAGUCUAUCAAGGAAAGCAUUGUCGUCGAUCACUUAGCCUUAUUACUGAUAUCUAAGGGUAGACCAGUUGAUGAUGUUUUCCUAGAUGACGAGUUCAUUCCUAUGACUAGCUUAUCAGGUUGGCGCAUGUACUUUGAUGGUGCAACCAACCAAUCAGGGUUUGGGAUAGGCGUUUUGUUGAUAUCCCCCCAAGGUGAUCAUAUUCCGAGGUUAGUUCGCUUUGCGUUUUCAAAUCAACAUCCCGUCGCGAACAACAUAGUUGAGUAUGAAGCUUGUAUCCUUGGUCUAGAGACUGCAUUGGAGCUUGGCAUUAGACAGAUGGAGGUAUUCAGUGACUCUAAUUUGGUACUCAGACAGAUUCAAGGUGAUUGGAGAACCAGGGACGUAAAUCUUAGAUCGUAUCAUGCUUAUUUAGAGUUACUGGUUAGGAGAUUUGAUGAUUUAAGAUACACUCGUCUACCUAGAGCACAAAACCGGUUUGUUGAUGCCUUAGCUACCUUAGCUUCUUCCGUGGACAUUCCGACCGAUGUGAUUAUACGUCCAUUGUUGAUUGAGUCGAGGUGGUCACCCACUUACUAUUGUCUUAUUGGAGAGACAAAAGUCCAAGAUGAUAUCAUGACAUAUAUCGAUUUCUUAGAUCUAACACAUACCCAGAGGCCGUCAUAG